UUGUCAAAUUAUGGUAGAACUAGAAUUUAGAAAAACCAUCGAUGUACAUGACUUAUUUGGUAAAGUAAAAGCUGAAAAUUACUUAAUACCCACCCGUUUGCUUUGUACAAUGCAACAGUAUUAGCGGCAUGUCUCAGAAUUUGCAAAAGAAGCCCUCCAAGGGUAUACUGAAGACGUCACGCAGCGUGGACGUGCAUAGCAGCGAUGGGGCUCCGUCGACGAGCAAGCGGGCGAAGGAGCAGCGAUUCGACGAGAUUAACAUAAUGGAGACGUUCCACCCGGCGAAUAAGGAUUACGGGCACAUGAAAGUGGACGAGCCGAAGACACCGUUUUCUGAAACCGUUGACGGAGAUAUGGAGCCGGCAGAUGAGCUGGACGCGAACAUUUUGGCGGCGAAGCUGGCGGCUAGUAUGAACAAACCACCUAAGUGCGUGGAGACCGACAGUGAUGAUGACAUGGACGAAUCGGACGAGGCGCGGGAGCGCCGGCUCGAGUUUGAGAAGAAGAGGAAAAUGCAUUAUAAUGAGUUCCAGGCAUUACAACUCGCUAGAAAGCUGCUAGCCCAAGAGGAAGAGGAAGAUGAAGAGAAACAGACCACCUGACUGCUGUGCACACAUCCCCAUCUCCGCCUCCAAAGCUGCGUGUAACGGCUUGUAGAGUCCACUCUUAACUGACCAUUCGACCUUGUGAGUCAGACGAACCUGCUGCGAGUAUUAUUAUUAUCAGUAUCUUGGCCUGUGUUCUAGCAUUAUGGCUUGGCGAUUACAUUAAGGUAAAUACGGGUAAGUGUGGCUGGCCAUCACAUUGGGCCUGUUUACAUUCAUUAGUGUUUAUUGCGACUUCAUACCAUCGCCCACACUGUUAACUGACAGUUUGUAUACCUUAUUACAAAAGGCAUUCGUUCCACCAAUGUUAAGAGUGUUGCUCGCUAUUUCACGAUGGGACUUAAUCGCGUAAAAUAAGUUUUAAAUUUACCUCCAACGUUUCGAGGAUGGCGUUGUCCACAUGGUAUUGGAGAAGACUAAAGUUGACAUCAACAUCUAGGCGCGCGAGCUUUUUGAACUACGGUCUUGUUUAUUAACUUGAACGUUUUCCGUUGUCGUUGUGAAUAAUAACGAGUAAAAAUCGUAAAAGUUUAAAUAAGAGCGUUGCUGUUUGUACAUUUGCCACUAAGUGCAAGUAGCCAAUGUGUAAACAGGCCCCAAUGUGAAGGCUGACCACACUUACCCGUAUUGACCUUAUGUCAUUCAAGAGCCAAAUCAUCACAAUUAUUACAGAUGUAGUGCAUAAUUGAUUUCCAUCGUACUUAUUCAUUCGAAUUUGUCAUGCUACCUCAGUCAACCUCAGUACUUUUUGUACCAAGACUGACUGAAAUAGCAAGACAGGUUCGUAUGUUUCCGUGAAAAUACGAUGGAAAAUAACUGCAGUACAUCUGUAUUCAUGGUGUUAAUAUUUAAGCUUCAGGUUCAUAAUUGCUAUGUAACCUGUCAUCAAUUCUUCCAUCAGUCAAUCUUGCUAAUUUAGAAUUUGUGACGUUUUCAAGUAAAAGGUACCACAUUGUCGCUUACCAUAAGGACAAAAUUUGCUAGUAACUUUAUAUGAAUAACCUGACAGAGCGUCCUUAUGGCAAGCGACAAUGUGGUACCUUUUGCUAAAACGACACGUUUAGUGACAUUUUACAGUCUUUUAAGGUUAAACUUUAAAAUGUGUGUAAUUUUUAUGAAAGACAAUAAUAAUAAAAUUUUGUGCUAAACAAUGAAAUUUAUAUUUCUAGAUUGUUUCAAUGUAAAGACACUAUGUGCGGCUGAUAGAGUUAGGAACAGGCAGAGUUGGGCAAAAAUUAUCUAUUUACGAAUAACCGGGAAGAUCUAAAUCAUCUUUUAUUUGAAAUAACUGAAUAACCCGUUGUUUGUUAUUUUGAAUUUAUCUAGAUCAGUUUCAUUUUUAUCUAGAUAAAUUAGUUGGGAUUUUAAACAAAAGAUGAAUGUCAGUAGUACAGUCAAGUAGAACUAGAAGUGGUCGGGCAUGAAAUUACAACAAUAAUUUUCUGAUUUUAUGAGCAAUGUCAGUGUGACUGUUUGACCCGACGUGACAUUCUAUAUAAAUUUAUUAUUAUAAGCUUACUUCAAUAACAAACGAGGCCAGUUAUCUGAUGCCUCUGAUAGUGACUGUAUGUUCAAAAUUACCAGGGUUGACUGUACGGCAGACACCCAUAACUUAAAAAGUCUACAAAAUGUUUAGAAUCAAAUACAAAUGAGGGCUAUCUUUUUUUUGCUCACCAGUUGGCGCCUCUGUUGAUGGUGGUCCAAAAGACUAAAGAACAGCUGUCAGUCAUUGAAGUGACAAGUGACAUUUGACAUUUCGAACUAUGGAAAAGACCACCAUCUACACUAGCGCCCCUAGCGGCGAAUUCAUACGCGUUAGCCCUCAUUGACUCAGAUACGGCAGCAGCGAGCG